AUGUACAUUUCUACAUCAUUACAUGACGUCAUAUUGCAGAACCAGAAUGGUAUUGGGUAUCCGUUUGGAGAUCCCAUUUUUGGAGGAUUUGGCCAAAUUGAACGUGUGUCUGUUCCAACCCAUGGAACGACGGUAUACGUGGCUGUGACAUCAGGAGGGAGUGCAACGAGCUUAAAAGUUUCAUACGUCACGAAGUUUGUCAAGGAGGCAAUAAAACGUUCUGUUGGAGACUCAUUGCAAGCAGCAGUUCAGCAUUCACUCCCAUGGCAUGUCCAAUUAAGAUAUACCCUAAAUGAUGGUUCUUCCCGUCACUUUUGCAGCGCUGCUCUAAUCUCAAAAGAAUGGGUUGUUACAGCGGCACGAUGCUUCCCGAAUGGUAUUAAAGAUAAAUUAAAAUCUGGAAGCAAAUUUUUGAUCAGACUUGGUGGCCAUAACAUUGAUGAACAUGAUUUGCAGUUGUUGCCGUUUGGUGAAGAAGACAUGUUUAUACACAAAGACUACAAUCCAGUCACAAGAGAAAAUGACAUUGCACUUAUUCAUCUGAGGGAAGACGCGUCCAUUUCUUUAGCAAUCCAGACUAUCCAACUGCCCAGCGGAGAAAGCAGUAUUACUAUCAAAGGAGGGCUGGCGGCCACGCUGUCCGGGUGGGGAAGCAAUAACCCAACUGGAGAGUUGCUAGAGGCAACUGUGUCCAUGAAAACGAUUGGGUUCUGGUUUCUUUGA